AUACACUUGAUUUAUAGUGUUAUGAAUUCUAUUUUAUUUUCCUUCCAUAUUGAUGUCAUACACUCGAUUCAUAGUGUAACAGGUUCUAUUUUGAAUUCCCGCCCUUUUAGUUCUGUCAUACACUUGAUUUAUAGUGUUAUGAAUUCUAUUUCAUUUUCCUUCCAUAUUGAUGUCAUACACUCGAUUCAUAGUGUAACAGGUUCUAUUUUGAAUUCCCGCCCUUUUAGCUGUCAUACACUCGAUUCAUAG